AUGAAGUACUUGUCAAUUUUCGUAGCCCUUUUCAUGGUUGUUGCUUAUUUCAGCGCCUGUUCAGCAACUUCUCAACCAGUUUGUUGUGCAAGACUUCCUUCCAGCGGAGAAAUGAAAUGCAUGCCAGGAGGUGCACAAUAUAUGGAUAUAUCCAAAGGAAUUUGCAAUCUUUUGAUGUGUUCACCCUUAGAUUUAAAAAUGAUUAUUCAAGGAAUCAUGCGCAAUAUUCGACCAUUACCAACAGCAUUGGCUAAAAAAGCAUCUGAAGAGUUGAACGAGACCUCGAAUGAUGUGCAGUUUUACUUGGACUCACUACGACAUUGGCUUACCAGACAACGUCACUUGAAAUCACGAACUCAAGAUCAAUUUCUAAUUGCAUUCCUGCGUGGUAGUAAAUUCAGUUUGGAAAAAUGCAAGCAAAAAAUUGAAAGCUUCUACACAUAUCGAGUUUUGAUGCCGGAACUUUUCAAAGACCGUGAUGUUGAUGAUCCAAAGGUUUAUGAGAUUUUAAAAUUAGGUUCAAUGUUACAUCUGCCACAACCAAUAUCAGAAGAUGGUCCACGUGUGAUAAUGCUUCGUUUUGGAAACAUUGACUUCCACAGAUUUAAAGUUGUUGAAGUUUUUAAAGUCGGCAUAAUGAUGGCCGAUUUAUGUCUCUAUGAUGAUGACAAUGCCAUUGUUGCAGGUUAUGUGGUUGUUGUGGAUUUGGCCAAUGUUACACCGUUCCAUUUAUUUAAUUUUGAUCCAAUAUUCGCUAAAAAAAUCACAGUCAUGACAAACAAAGUAUUGCCAUCAAGAAUGAAAGGAUUUCAUUUUAUUAAUAUGUUGCCAGCCGUUCAGAAAUGUUUCAAUAUGGUAAAAGGUGUAAUUAAUGAGAAAUUAAGAAAUAGGUUCUAUUUUCAUGGGAAUAACUUAAAUAACCUUUAUGAACAUGUCCCCAAGCACUGUUUUCCAGUAGAAUAUGGAGGGAAAAGUGAAACAAUUCAAGACAUUCUCGAUAACUGGGAGAUUAAGUUGAAAAAACAUAAGGAGUUUUUCAUCGAGGAAGACGAAUAUGGAUGCAAUAAUAAGCUUCGUGAAGAUAGAGCAUCUGUUGUGGACCAAUUUUUCGGAAUUAAUGGAUCUUUUCGGAAAUUGACAAUUGAUUAGAAAUUAUUUUUUUGCGAGAAUUUAUAAAUACAAAAAUUUUAGCCUAAUUUUA